AAUCAAGUAUGGGAGACACAAAUAAUGCAUCUUACCGAAAUGAGCGCCGGAAGUUUGCCAUGAUCACCUAUUUAAUUACCGCCGUAGCCAUGAUUGUUGCACUUUUGGAAUGGUGUCUUUUCCAUUUCGUAGACCCUAUACAUUCAUUUUUCACCGAUUACUAUUGGAUUGGCAGCAUAUUUGUAACUAUUGGUCUGCUGCUCCUCGUAGUUUUUAUAUUUUUCGAGGUCUUGCGUUUUAACAAAAUGAUCAAUUGGCUAUUUGCACUUUUGAUUUUCGAAUUCGUCGUGCUGGGCAUGGCUCCAUUGAUUACUCGUCAAUAUAGAUAUCAAUUCCUAUUCAGCUUCCUGAUUUGGGCCAUAGUUCUGGUGAUUUUUAUUCUAGUUGGUUCCUUCCUGCCGCUUGAUUUGACUUUGGAUGUUGUAGUCUUGUUUGUCAUCGCAGUCAUUUCCAUUAUUUGCGCCAUGCAUUUUCUAAUGUUUUAUCUCGUAUUUAAUAUGCCAUACUCGUUUAUAGUUGUACGAAUUUUUAUAGUGAUUAGCAUUUGGAUGUUUGUAAUGUAUCACGCACAAAUUAUUAACGGAGGAAGGUUUGCCGAAAUGCGCACAAAGGAUUAUUUUCUUGGUGCUUUAAUCCUCUUCCUGGAUUUUUUGCUCAUGUACCUGUUCUCUUUCCAAUUGGCUCCCAAGUGGUCCGACGCUUGUGACAAGGAACGUAUGGAUUAUUUGAUAAUCUUUAAAAAUUCCACCACGAAUGGAUAUACAGCAUCUAGGACAGAAAGGAUGUUUGAUCCAAUAGAAGAUGGCACCACUGAUUCUUACCUCUAGAAAGAGAAUCGUUGCCCAACACUGACUGUGUUGGCGCCAACUCACACACACA